GCUCUUGCUCCACUUUAAGAACAGCCCAACCACCGUCGAUUUCGCGUUGGAAGCAAAAACCACGAGCGGCGCUCACAAGGGCUGGCUGUCCGUCGGAUUCUCCAAGUUGGGCAAGAUGGCCGGUUCAGAUGCGGUGAUCGGCAACCUGAACGGCGCGAAGAAAAUUGAUGCGUACUUCAUGAAGAGCAUCGCGAAACCCGAUGUGACGCCGACGAAGAAGUUCGCGAUUACAAAGACGAGCGUGGUUACCAACGCCCAGGGAACCAUCAUGAAGUUCACCCGCUCUGGCUCUACGGGUACUGUCCCUGUGAAGUAUGGUGCGACGAACACCCUUCUGUGGGCGUAUUCCGCAUCUGGCGCGUCUAAGGUUCUGGACAACCACACUCCGAAGAACAG